AUGCUGCCGCCCAUUGCAAGCAGGCCUGAAGAGGAGGACGAAGGCCCGCUUCAGGUGGAAGGAACCAAAAGAAGUAAUAGCUACAAAAGACCCAGUCAGCCCAUAAGCAGACCCUCAAACCAGGACUCUCCUACCAUCAUAGGCAAUGCCUUCGGCUUCUUCAGAGGUAGACAAGAUCCUCAGGAAAUGCGCUACCUGAGUGAAGAUGAGCAACAAAGAUACGACGCUCCUUAUUCUGGAGGAAGCGAUCAUGAAGCAGAAAAUGGAGAGGCUCCUGAAGCCGUACACGAGGAUACUCCUGAACCUCAAGGAGAAGUUCCCGGAGCCUCGAGAUCCACGAUCUUCCGUCCCAACAUUUUUGGAAGAAGCACUCCCGAAGGCCAUUCCAGCUCGAAAAUUGGAGAAGGCACUGUCGAAGAUGGGAAAGCUCCAGGCAACCGCCCUAGAGGUCUCUUUACCAUCUUCAGAAAGAAAAACAAAGACAGAGACCGCAGAACCAGUGCUUUGGAGUUGGAGGACGGUGCAAUCGCAGAGGACGACGGCGAGGCUGAAACCAGAGAGCGUGCUUUGGUUUUGUUGGAGUCCUUGAGUUUGGGUACUCCUGCUAUCAACCUUCUUGCAUCGUGUUUGUGUGAGGACGAAUACGGAAUCGCCAGAGCCCCCCUUCUUCUUACGCUUUUGGGUUUGAAAGUGAACGACACGUCUACUACACCAUUGAAGAGAAACAGAAGGUUCCGCAUUGACCUUGAAUACGGCGUCGCUCCGCGUCGUUUCAAGUGGUCCGUUGAAAGGAACGCCAAAGAUCUAUUAUACUUGCAUUCCAGACUAAAAUUGCUGGCAUUUAGGGGGUCCCUCAAGUCUGACGAGUUGCCCAGGUACCCUGUACCACCUCUUUUCAGAAGAAAUGACCGCAGCAUCAUGCGUCAAACAAACAAAAGGCUCACGACCAGACCAGAUGAAACACUUACACCAAACCGGGAACGUACGGAUGCCCAGACUCCAACUGGCGAUGAUCGCUCGAUCCUCAGCGGUGGCACAAUGCGUAACCCUCUAGCUGCUAUACGAUCUCACUUGAGUAUGGCAUCUGCAGCAUCGUCUCUUGAAAAUGCUUCUCCAGAACAGUUGCAGACUUUCAUGAAGAUCAACCAGCGGUAUGUUGCCGACGUUCAAAAAUAUCUAUAUGACCUCAUCACCCUCGUCGCCUUACGUCCACAGUCGAACAGACUCUUCCAAUUCUUCGAGGUCUCGCCUAUCUCCUCGCUUUUAAGUUAUGAAACUGGUUUCAUUGGAAAGCAAGGCGUUGUCCACAUUGGUGGCACGACAAAGUCACAGGGCUGGCGAGUCGGCCAUUUUAAGGCCAAUGACUUAAAGGGCAUGGUGGACAGACGUUCCGAAAAAUGGUUGUUGGUGAGAAAUUCUUACGUGACAUACGUGUCUGACAUCAAUUCUACCACUCCUCUUGAGGUCUUUUUGAUAGAUAGCUCAUUCAAGAUCACUCACAAAGGACCCGGACUUGACCAACAAGAGAGAGGCUCUGAUUCUGAAUCUGACUAUGAAGACCACUCGAUUAAAAUCACGGGCGAUGUCAGCACACCAAACCACAUCCACAGAAAUGUUUUCAAACACCUCAAAAUCGUUCUUGAGAACUCGGAACGAAAGCUUGUCAUCAUACCAAAGUCUACCAGAGAACAGAGGCUUUGGUUGCAUUCUAUCGACAAAAUGGUCAGACAAUCCAUUUGGAGCCAACCCAACCGUUUCCACUCAUUCGCUCCAGUAAGAAAGAAUUGUUAUGCCCAAUGGUUCGUGGAUGCAAGAGAUUACUUCUGGGCCGUUUCGUCGGCCAUUGAGAUGGCAAAGGAUACGGUUUUCAUUCAUGAUUGGUGGCUUUCACCUGAGCUCUACUUAAGAAGACCCGCUAAUGGUAAUCAACAAUUCAGAAUUGACAGAUUGCUUCAGAGAAAAGCUCAGCAAGGAGUGAAGAUUUUUGUCAUAAUCUACAGAAAUGUUGGUACAACAAUCCCAAUUGACUCCCUUUACACGAAGCACUCCAUUCUUUCGCUUAAUCAGGAGAACAUCCAUGUGAUCAGAUCUCCUAACCAGCUUCUCCAGAAUACAUAUUUCUGGGCCCAUCACGAAAAGAUUUGCAUCAUUGAUCAGACUAUGGCUUUCAUGGGAGGAAUUGAUCUUUGUUACGGUAGAUACGAUACCCCUGACCACGUUCUUGUCGAUGAUACUCAUGUCGACUUUGCCCACCUCGAUACUGAGACGUUGACACAAGAAGAGUUUGAAGCAUUUAAUGUCUUCCCUGGCAAAGAUUAUUCCAACACUCGUGUUAAGGAUUUCUCCAACUUAGACAAGCCGUACGAGAACAUGUACGACCGUUCCGUGGUUCCUAGAAUGCCUUGGCACGACAUCCACAUGUGUACCACCGGUCAGCCAGCCAGAGAUUUGUCUCGUCAUUACGUGCAACGUUGGAACUAUCUUGUGAGGCAGAAGCGUCCUUCUAGACUCACUCCUCUUUUGACACCUCCACCUGAUCUUACCGAUGAGGAAGUCCGUGAAAUGGGUCUCAAUGGUAGCUGUGAGGUACAGAUGCUUCGUUCUGCUGGAAACUGGUCGUUGGGAUUGAAGGAACAUGAACAGAGUAUUCAAGACGCCUACUUGAAGUUGAUCGAAACCUCCGAGCACUUUGUUUACAUUGAGAAUCAAUUCUUUGUCACCUCGUGCUUGAUUGAGGGCACUGUCAUCGAGAACCGUAUCGGUGACGCUUUGGUGGAGAGAAUUAUUCGUGCAUUCAAUGAAGGGAAGCAAUGGAAGGCCAUAAUUUUGAUUCCUCUCGUUCCCGGAUUUGAAUCUUCGGUCGACAAGCCUGAUGGAUCCUCCGUCAGAGUGGUUAUGCAAUGUCAGUACAUGUCCAUUUCUCGUGGUCCAUCGUGUCUUUUCGCAAAGCUCAGAAAAUAUGGCAUUGAUCCCGAUAACUACAUUCAAUUCUUCUCGUUGAGAAAGUGGGGCUGCAUUGGACGUGAUAGAAACCUAGUCACAGAACAACUAUACAUUCAUGCGAAGACCAUGGUGGUCGAUGACAAGUAUGCCAUCAUCGGAAGUGCAAACAUCAACGAAAGAUCCAUGCGUGGUCUCAGGGAUUCUGAAGUUGCAGCUUUAGUUUGCGACCGUGAGACCAUUUCUUCUACAAUGAACGGAGAGAAGUAUACUGUUGGAAAGUUCCCCCACACUCUCAGAUUGAGAUUGAUGAGAGAGCAUCUUGGUAUCGGUGUUGAUGUUCUCGACGUCGUUGAAAGAAAGUUUGACAAGUUUGAGAAGUUUGCAGAGACCGAGGAAGGUCUCAAGGCUUGCACAAAUGAUUUCAAGAAACCCAUCAACAGGAGAAUCUCUGCCGUAGUGGAGCUUGCUAGUCGUGAGAUCUUGAACCAACCCGAGGGAACCGCCAGAUGGAAAGCCCACUGCAAGAAGUUUGGUUUGAGAUCAAAGCCUCCUCUUAUUCCUGAAGACAUCAAGUAUGAGGAGGGACCAAAGCCAGCUUUAUUACCACUCUCCUUCAACAACAGAACGGGUCCUCAUGAAGCUAACAGAGGUAUAAGAGAUAAAAAGAAGCAUUCCUAUGAUGCUCGUGUUCAACAUAGUGACGACCACAAACGUGAUGUUUACGGUGUUGGUGUCGACAAGUAUAGAACACGUUUGGGACAAAAAGCACGCCUCGAUAGCGCUCGCUUCAUCCGUGACUUGGCCAAGGAAGUUUUUGAUCAGCAGCCAGGUGCACAGUUCCUUCCUGAUCUUGAAAAUGUUAAGGCAUUCCUCGAACUGGAUGAUUCAGAUUAUAGUGCUGAUAUGACCGAGGAGAACGAAGAACUUCUUACCGAGAGAAACAAGGAAAGAUGGGUCUUGUUGAAACGUAUCUCCUACUUGCAGCGUAUUGCGGUAAAGGAGUCACAACAGACGGCAAUUGAGCGCCAAAAGAGAAUUGCUGCGGGCCUUCCUCCAAGCAUAUACGAUUUUGGGUCUGUCGAUGGAACCCCAACAGCCAAAUCAACCACUCCUGCUCAGGAAACACUGAAUGAAGAUGGCAUAACCGAUGCUGUUGAGAUUUCGAACAAAAAGUCUGAUUCCCCGCCUGUUGAAGAAGUGGAUGCUGCAAAUGAUGCAGUCGAGCUUCUGAAUGACUAUGUACCCGUGGUCAGUUUGGAUGAGCAGCAGUUGAGGGAGCAGGUGCGUCAAAUCAACGUUCCUGGAGUGGAUAAUGUCUCUGCUUUCAUUGAUCCUUACGGAUUCGAGGAUCCAUUGGACCCCGAUUUUUACGAGGACAUCUGGUUUGAGAAUGCCAGGAGAAAUACGGAAAUCUUCAGACUCGUGUUCCAUUGCCAGCCGGAUGACGAUGUCGUCUCUUGGAAAGACUACAAGCGUUUCAUGAGGCUCGAGAAGGCAUUCAAGGUUGCUCAGGAAACCGAGGCUCGUAACAGAAGAGAGAGAUUCCGUUUCGAUGAUAACUCGACUGAUAGCCAGGCUACGAUCUACAUGAACGACAUCCCUAACGAGCGUGGUGGUAUCUUUGGUGACAUCCCAUCAUCGAACAACAGCAGUUCUACGGAUCUUCCAAGAAAUAACACCAAGCUGAAGUUUAAGGUCAAUGACAGGAUUGACGAAGGUAAUGAAGAAGAUGAAGAUAAAUUCCUUGAUGCCGAUGACAACGAGAAUGAUGCGGAUGGAGAUGACGAGGAGGAGUCUUCCGAGUCUUCUGGCAACGGCCAGCCCGAGCUUAAGAAGGCAAAGACAAAGCAAAGGCAAGCUACCAGAAUCAACAGAAAGAGGAGAGCUGGCACUUUCAGUGCCAGAAGAAAGGCCCACGCUGGAGAAAAGAUUUACGACAGGGAGUCUGCGGAAAGGCUUCUCAACGAGAUCCAUGGGCACCUUGUUUUGUUCCCUGCCGACUGGCUCGCCAGAGAGCUCGAGGGUGAUAACUGGUUCUUCAACACCGAUAGAAUCCCACCUAUUGAAAUUUAUGACUAG